GUCGGCCGUGUGGGAAGUGAGCCGGCUUGGUCUAGUUUGGGCUCUUCUUCCCGGCUUGGUUUGCGCUAUGGCGCCUCCGAGCCUCGCUGACCCGCGUCGGCUCGCGGGCGGCCUGCUUCGUCUCCACCUUUCGUCCGACUCGCGGCCCCAGUGGGCCUGUUAGUACUGGGGGAACCCAGUCCGGGGGCUGCGGGCGGCCCAAGACAGUCUGUCUGCAUGGAAUCUCCUGGGGAUGGUUUGCUAGUUUCAGCCUCAGAAGCAGAAUGGUCCUUUUUUGACAUCUUUCUCUCAUCAUAACUUGUGGUAACAGUAAUCUUGUUCUGGAUUUCCGUAUAGUGGAGCACCUGCCAUUGCAAUCAUGGGCUCAAGACGAACAGAUGUUCCUGCUAUUGAGCAUGGCUCUGGAAGCCUUCUAGGAAAGAUGUCCCAGCCAAUUGGAAUGAGCCGUCGGGCAUUCAGUUAUGAUGAUGCCCUGGAGGACACCGCACCAAUGACUCCUCCUCCUUCAGACAUGUGCUCCAAUAUCCUGUGGAAACAGCCAGUCAUCCCAGAACGCAAAUAUGAGGAGCUUUCCAAGGUUUGGGAAGGGGAGACUAGCAUGCAUCCAUCUGCCAUAACCCCCUCAUCUUCCAGUGAGACUGUGAACAAGGUUCCAGUAGUCAAGGCCAAGGCCACCCACAUCAUGAAUUCUCUCAGUACAAAACAAACUCAGGAGAGCAUUCAGCGUUUUGAGCAGCAGGCAGGGCUGAGAGAUGCCGGAUACACUCCCCACAAGGGCCUCACUGCAGAGGAGACAAAAUACCAUCGUGUGGCUGAGUCACUCCAUAAUCUAAAGAUGCAAAGUGGAGAGAUGGCAAAAGAAGAUAAACAGGCCUCUUCUGUCCACUCCACUCCAAGCAGCACCCCCCAUUCCUCUCCCAAGCGCACAUACAGGGGCUGGUUUAGUCAGGGAACCUCCACUUCCAUCACUGGUUCUGAACUUGGCUCUAUGGAUUCCAGCAGUGGGGACAGUGAUAAAGUACCAUCUGAAAAAUGGAGCCUCUUUGGACCAAGAGCUCUUCAGAGAUCCACUGACUCUGGGGGCUUUACCAUCCAGGCCUAUAAGGGUGCCCACAAGCCAUCCCCGAUGGAACUGAUGCGUGCCCAGGCCACCAGACUGGCAGAAGACCCCACAUCCUUCAAGCCCCCCAAGAUGGACAUUCCAGCUAUGGAAGAACAGGGGCGGUCCCCACGUUCCCAUAACCUCAAACCCCGGGACAUGAAUGUGCUUACUCCCACUGGGUUCUAGACCUUCACCUUCACUUAAAAGGGAAAAUGAUCUUGGAAUCUGAUAAUGGACCAAAUGGUCCUGGGCUGUCUUUCCCAUUCCACUCAUGAACAGUUGACAUAGGAAACGGUCUCUUAUUUCAUCAUCUAUAAUUCUGAGCUACAAGAUCUGGGUAACUUUAUAAAUUUAUUGCUUUUUUCCUCUCAAAGGUUUCUUCUGUACAGCAUCAAGUCAUAGCCUUUCUACCAGUGAAGUUGUGAUGUCCAGCCCUGUGUAUACAGCUAAGUUUUACAAAGGGAAAACCACCAACCAGUUGGAGCUUUUUGGGUUUGAAUGUGUGGACCGGUGUGUCUGGCUCUUUUGUAGACAUUGCUUAUUUAUGCCAGAUUACUGAAGUACAAUGUAUGGCUUUACCAUCUUAAUGGCUCUUUUUUAUUAUUUGAACUUUUUGAGGGAAUGUAGCAUUAAUUGAAGUCUACUGUUUUGCUAAGAGUCUUGUUCCUGGAGGAAUUCACUAAUCUACUUCAAACCUGGAGGUUCACUGCUUGGCUAAGAGAGCGAUGUCUUAAUGUUUCAACAUGAAAAGAAUAACAGUAGCCAUUCUAGGCCUGUGGUAUGAAAUACAGGACGGUUGUGAAGUCUUCGUUCUUGACAUCACAUGGUCAGCAUAUCGUGAGGCUAAAGCCAGAGUAUGAUGGGCAAGUUUCUUCAUUGCCAGAGUAGCAAGACUCCGCUUUAAUAAAAAGAGAAUCAUGAUUGUGGCAUUUGAUCCCUGGGGCUGUGUUUGGGAAUUCCUAGUGGCUGUUCCUGGGAAAAGGAUUUGAAAUGGAAAUAUAAUGAUUGCAAAAGAGACAAUGGUCAUUCCAAUUUAUGCUUCCUUAGGAGGCAGGGGGAAUCCAAAGUAAAAUAAAUUUGUUAGAGCUUGGGAAGAUUUUAACUUGGCUGUUCAACGUAGUUGUGAACAUUAUUAAUAACAAUUGAUAGAAAAAACCUAUUUUCACAGAUUUCUGUUGGAGCAAACAGGCAGUGAAAGAUCUGGUAUAAUCUGUAUGUGCUCUUAGGCAAAUAGGGCAUGUACUGUCGGUAUUUUUCUUUGGAUUAAACUCUUAAGCUGCAGGUUGGCUUUACAUUACAGCAAAGGGAUGGCAGCCUUGGAGUAUCCAUUAUACAGAAACACUAUUUGUUUAAUGGCAUGUUUGUUGAGAUUUCCUCACUAAUCUUCUUUAUGCCCUAAAGAGGGUCUGUGUUCUAUCUAAACCCAAAUGAUAUUUUGACAAAUGGAUGGUGCUGUAGCUAAAUGACUUGGCAAUGUAUCAUCCACCCUCUCUUGUUCCCUCAUUAUGCAACACCUUGGAUGUGUGUUGCUUUAAUAGCACUCUGGCUAUGUCAACCCUGUUAGCCAUUGCCAUCACUGCUUAUGCACAGUAAACAGUGAUCCAGCUUCUUAGUUAAUGUUUAAUUUAUUUUGUGAUGUUUUGUGCUCAUGUCUCUGUGCCUAACACUUCAACAGAAUAAAAACAAAAGCAACAACAA